AUGCCUUCGAACUGCCGCCUAUUCUUCCUACCUCUCGAUGUCGUUUGGUUGCUAUUCAAUUGUCUGGACUACUACGGCCUCUGGAACCUGGUCAAUGCCGUCCAAUUCCCCAUUCCGGAUCGGUACUGGCGUCGACGGGCUAAUGUCUAUUUGGAGUUCAUGGAUGAGGUCAGUGAACUUGAGCUUGACUGGCCGUUUUUGUGCCUGGAGCUUGAGAGGUUGCAUGCUACCCUCGGGAUCUUCACGACACGACUUUGGGUAAUCGACGACAUUGAUCAGCUCAAUGUGAAACUUAAUGAUGAGUUGAGGAAGGAGGAAUUUCGCCUGCAGCCGAAGGAUAUCAUUAAGCGGUUACUGAAGCCUAGAUCUCGUGGAACGCUAUCCUCUGCAAAUAGCGAGUGGGUACUGUAA